AAAGAAUAGCAAAAUAUCACUCGACACAGCCGCCUUGAAUCAGUACAACUUAGAAAUAAUAUCGUCAUGAAGUAUAUAAGAAGUCGAGAAGAGUAAGAGAAAUGAAAAUGCAGUCAAAUUAUUCAACGAAUUCGGCACCUACCAAUAACGCUGGUACUAUGGGCUGGUGGACAACAAAUUCACAAACCCCAUGGGUGAUUUCAGCAAAUGAACAACAAACUGGAACAUGUCGCGAAUAUCAGCCAAUGCUACAAACAAAUACGUCCUCGAAUCCACGAGGAUUAAGUUGGUAUACUCCACCUGCGCUGGCGUAUCCUGCUGCACCAGUACAGUCAACUACAUCAGCUUUGCACGAGAGAUGUUUGGCUCCGGCCGACACUACCACAAUGCAGUUGAACGAAAGGGGAGAACUUGAGGAGGUUGUCAUUAAAGACGGUCAAGUGUUUCGAAUCAGCUUUGUGGAUGAACCGAUGCCAGCCGAACCUAGCGAAGUGCCAUACGAAACGGAAACUUUGCCUUCCAUAGCGACCGAACUGUCGCUACUGAUGGAUAACAGUAAAUUUCUAGAAAGUGCCAUUCCAGUGAACGAACUUGACCAAACCUCUUCCCGCGAUUGGAUUAAUUACGACGAAUUGCCUUUGCUGAGUCAGCAUGUGCAGUCAGUUUCAUCGAGCACUAAUCAGCUGACGCAACAGUUUUCUGCUCCCGCUUCUGGUUGCAUGUCGACCGCUAUGCGAAGCCAAGAUUCGACGUAUGACGAAAAUCAUAAUAAUCUCUGCGAAAGUAGCUCCACUGUACAAAACCUGCAUUGUGCGCGUUCGCUAAAUUUUAGCAACUACUGUGUGGAGUGUGAAAAAUUCCUACCAACGGCCGAGGCACUUGGUGCUCACAUGGAGUCGAACCAUCGACUCAUAGACGAAGCUACUAAUUACGAAAUCGGUGGAGAAUUUGGUUGGUCCUCAGCCCUCAACAACCAAACCAACAACGAAAACGAAACUAGACCAUUUAUUUGCACCAUAUGUUCUUUAACGUUUCCUCUGGAAGAAAGUUUCCAGCGACACAAUCUUUACGUGCAUGGGCGGGCAAGCAAUCGAUCAAGCAGUAAACGAUGAGGUUUAUCAUGUUUGAGGUUAUUUUUUUUCCUCAAUUUUUAUUUUAUUUCUCUUGUUUCAAUACCACCAACGUGAAAUCAUGUGCAGUUAGUAAAAUGAAUAUGAUUUCUUAAACUGAUUUCUAUCAUUAGAAUGUGAUUACUCUUUGUGAUUGUAACGUGAUGCAACAGGAUACAACAAAUUACAAACAACAAAUAUGAACGUGAAAUAAAACGUUACCAUUGGUUUAGUUGCAUACUGUAAAAGUUGA